GUCAAGAUCCGGACAACGCUCCCCAUCCUCCCGCCCAUCGACUCUCGCAAUGAAAUCCACACUCCCCGGCUCAUCAUCCGAGCACCACGCAUCUCCGACGUGCCUGCUCUGCACACGCUCCGCAUCCAGCCCGAAGUCAUGAAGUAUUCCUCAAAGGGCGCGGACAAGACACUCGAAGACACUCGCAGGAGCCUGGACGAGCUGCUCCCUCCCAACGACAGCAAGACAUACUACUUUCUCAUCUUCCAGCGAGACACGGGCGACUUGAUUGGCAGGGGCGGCUUACACGGCCUCUCGGGACGGAACCUGGGAUGGCCAGAAGUUGGCUAUUCCUUCAGACCAGAGACGUGGGGGAAAGGAUAUGGCACCGAAUUCCUGACUGCCUUUGUCGAGAACUGGUGGGGGUUGCCUCGCAGAGAGGCCGAGAUUGAGGUCGACGCGACAGCCUUGGAUGCCCAAGUGUUGGAGAGCGAGGAUUCCUUUGCCCUUGAGAGACUGGUUGCCGUGGUAGACGUGAACAAUCUGGGGAGCAGGAGAAUCCUGGAAAAGUCGGGAUUCGCAGCGUUCAGGGAGUGG